UUAAGCGACGUUAUUAUUCAAACUCGACUGACGUCGAGAUUAAAACAAACAGACGAGCAAAUUGUACGAAGAAAUCGGAGAGCUCGAGAUGAACUGAAAGCUACCCAUGAAAAUGGGUUGAAGAAAAGAAAACGCCGAUGAAGAGAGGUGUAAGUAGGAUUUUUUAAUCAUGUGGAGCCAUAUUUGUACAUUUUAUUUUGAAUAUAUAAAUUACUGACACUAUAUUGGAGAAAAGAAGAGGAGCAAAUGUGUCAUAGACUUUUAAUGUUUCAAUCGCAAAUUGCUCUGCUGCCCGUAUGAAGGCAGUUUGGACAUUACAUUUGUGGUUCAGUUUUACGAAAUGUAACUUUUCUGUUGAUGAAGAAAGCUCUUUCUUCACGUUAUUUUUACAGUAUGUUGUCUAUCUCAAGCUAUACAGAUCUUAGUGGAUUUCAGGGAUUAGAUUGAUAUCUUUUUGCUGCUCUUCCCCAUUUUCCACUGUGCUACCUCAGCAUGUAAUCAGCGUGCAAUCCAUGACUGGUUUGUGGAAGCAGUGAUCUGUAGAUGUUAUUUCUGACUGUAAUAUAGGCAUUUAUUUACUUAUUCACUUAUGGUUUCAUGUCGUCACAUGGAAAAGCUAUAAGCCGAUGCCCAGAACUCUCCAUGUCUCUUUUUCUUUAUACAUCAUCUUUCUUCGCUAACUUGUUGAAGUACAAUCACUGCAGCUGGGAGGAUGCAAAAUAUUGACCUUUAAACUCCUUUACUGAGAGCUGCAGUUACCACCUAUACUUUUUUUACAACUGAAGGAUUCAUGGAUGAACAUUAAGAUGCAGUAGAUGCAUAUAAUAUUGGUGCUUUAAAUGUUCUUCGCUGGUGUUUUUCAGUUGUUGAGACUCAAGUUGCAAUAUAUAGGAUAAAAGACAUUUCCAUCAAGUUUCUACCUUCAGGCUCUUUUGUUUUAUCUCCCCCCCACUGAACUUAUCAGGUGGGGGGGGGAGGGGUAAGGCCCAAACCAUGGAGUCCAACCCAGACAGCCCGAGUCGGGCUGUGGAGUAUCUUCUGGAGCUCAAUAACAUCAUCGAGAACCAGGCCAAACUUCUAGACACGCAGCGUAAACGCAUCGAGGAGCUCGAAACGCAGCUGAACCGGGUCAACCAGGAGAACCAGGACCUGCGGCAGGAACGAAACCCGGGGACCGAGAACUCGACGCAGAACCACAACUACAACCAGAGCUCUAAGCCCAGCCAGCCAUCAUCACUACCAAACCACAAUGCUGGAGGUGUCCAUCAGAACAGCAGCAGUAAUACACCCUCAUCUACGGUGCCUGGUCCAGCUCGACGGACUCACACCAGACUGACCCGAGGCCUGUCAUGUGGGUCAGCCCCUGUCGAGAAAGAGAGAGGCCGACUGGAGCGAAAUGACAGCUCUGGGACCAACAACACCUCGACUCUACGGAAACAUGAGGAGGAAACCCAGAGUUCAGCUUCACGUCCUUUUUCAGACAUUUCCAGCAGUAAAUCUCCUUACGUGCACAGCUCUGACCAUUACGGGGACAACAGCUGUGGCCCCCCAGGCCCUCGGGUGCCUUUUGUGCUCCCUCCAAGCCCAGCCAGCCUUGCCUGGGCACAUCGUACACGCAACCAGCCAGCUAGUCUGGCCCUACGUAAGCAAGAGGAAGAAGAGAACAAGAGGUGCAAAGCCCUAUCAGACAGUUAUGAACUCUCUACAGACCUACAAGACAAGAAGGUGGAGAUGCUGGAGAAGAAAUACGGGGGUUACUUCGUGAGUAGACGAGCAGCACGUACCAUCCAGACAGCAUUCCGUCAAUAUCGCAUGAACAAGAACUUUGAGCGCCUGCGCAGCUCAGCUUCUGAGAGCCGCAUGACACGGCGCAUCAUCCUUUCCAACAUGCGACUGCAGUACUCGUUUGAUGACCGACAGCCUCAACCUCCCACCCCGACUCACUACAGUCACAGUCCAGGAAUGGGUCCUCCGCAUUCUCCAACCUGCACCACAGAGCCAAGCUCCCCAUCACGACCGGAAUACACCCACCUAGAGGACUCCUUCUCAAAACAAGUGAAGUCCUUGGCCGACUCCAUUGAUGAUGCCCUAACGUGUCGACCACGCCGAGAUGAUUCCCAGGAAGGUAUAGGGGAUGGAAGUGGUGUUGUGGAUGACUUCGGCGAGUGCAUAUGGAGUAGCAACAGCCACGUAUCCUUACGAAGAGGUCUUGGAGACAGGGAUCGAGGAGGUACAGGGGGCUUGAGCAUGCACGAAGACAGCACAGCCACCUCCUACAGUGAUGUUACGCUUUACAUGGACGACGGUCUACCUUCCUCACCGCUUUCUCUAGACCGGGCCCCUAGCAGCACAGACACUGAGUUCUGGGGGGGUGUUGGAAGCGGGGUUAGUGGUAGAGAAGAUAGCCGUGACACAGAAGGAGGAGGAAGCAGCAAUAGCCGCCGAAGCACACCUUGCACAGAGUGCCGUGAUUACCGUUUAAGGGGAGGGCACUUACCAUUACUUACAAUUGAACCACCUAGUGACAGUUCAGUGGACAUGAGUGACCGCUCAGACCGAGGCUCCCUUAGCAGACAACUAGUCUACGAGCAGGACUCAGCAGGAGGAUCACCUCAAGGGACACUAAAGCACAACCCUAAUGCUCGUUCAACAUCCUCGACAGCUGCACAAGGUCAAACACGUCCAGCUAGCCGAUCGAUACCAUCGCACAUCCCACACCACAUGGCUCACCAUCAUCACCAUCACCACCACCAUCAUCAUCACCAGUACCCCGACACCCCUUCGUCCUCCUCCUCUCCUCAACAGCCCUCAAACACACCGCUCUCAUCCUCCUCUUCAGCACCACUGCCUCCUGGUGGCUCGGAGCAGCAGUGCUGCUCGGAUGGUGAUAAUGACUCACUGAACUCCACCACAAACUCUAAUGAGACCAUUAAUUGCAGCUCAGGCUCCUCUUCAAGGGAUAGUCUGCGGGAGCCCUUGCCCCCAUUAGGGAAACAGACCUACCAGAGAGAAAGUCGGCACAGCUGGGACUCUCCUGCCUUUAACAACGACGUAGUGCAGAGAAGACAAUAUCGCAUUGGACUCAACCUCUUCAACAAGAAACCAGAAAAGGGUAUUCAGUACCUAAUUGAGAAGGGGUUUGUGUCAGACACACCAGUGGGCAUUGCUCGCUUUAUCCUGGAGAGAAAAGGCCUGAGUCGGCAGAUGAUUGGAGAGUUCCUUGGAAAUAGACAGAAACAGUUCAACAAAGAUGUAUUGGAUUGUGUUGUGGAUGAAAUGGACUUUUCCGGAAUGGAUCUCGAUGAUGCUCUGAGGAAGUUUCAAGCUCAGAUAAAAGUCCAAGGAGAGGCCCAAAAAGUGGAAAGACUUAUUGAGGCUUUCAGUCAGAGGUACUGUGUUUGUAAUCCAGCACUGGUAAGACAGUUCCAGAACCCAGACACCAUCUUCAUCCUAGCUUUUGCCAUCAUCCUCCUCAACACAGACAUGUAUAGCCCCAAUAUCAAAGUGGAGAGGAAGAUGAAGCUGGACGACUUCAUCAAAAACUUGAGAGGGGUGGAUAAUGGUCAGGACAUCCCACGUGACUUACUGGUUGGAAUCUACCAGCGCAUUCAGAAAUGGGAACUGAGAACCAACGAUGACCAUGUUUCUCAGGUCCAGGCGGUGGAGAGAGUAAUAGUGGGCAAGAAACCAGUUCUGUCUUUGCCCCACCGCAGACUAGUGUGCUGCUGUCAGCUCUAUGAAGUCCCGGACCCCAACCGUCCUCAAAGGUCUGGAGUUCACCAGAGAGAGGUCUUCCUCUUCAACGAUCUGAUUGUGGUUACAAAGAUCUUCCAGAAGAAGAAAACCUCCGUAACGUACAGUUUCAGACAGUCCUUCCCUCUGGUGGAGAUGCAGGUUCACAUGUUCCAGAACUCCUACUAUCCUCAUGGUGUCAGACUAACAUCAGCUAUCCCGGGCGGUGAGCGUAAAGUUUUGAUUGUGCUCAUGGCCCCUAGUCAACAGGACCGCACACGCUUUGUCAGUGAUCUGAGGGAGAGCAUUGCUGAGGUCCAGGACAUGGAGAAAUACAGAGUGGAGUCUGAGUUGGAGAAGCAGAAGGGAGUAAUGCGGCCCAGCCUGCUCACCAACAGCAUUAUGGCUGGAGGAGUGGGUGGGGUCAAGAAUGAAGUGGUGAAUGGCACUAUGGGAAGGCCUAGUCUGGAUGACAACUAUUCACCAGGAGAGGGCCUCAAACGUACUGCUCUCAGCUCCUCACUGAGGGACCUGUCUGAAUCAGGGAAACGUGGCCGCAGAAACAGCGUUGGUUCCCUUGACAGUACAAUGGAAGGUUCCAUCAUUAGCAGUCCGCGGCCUCACCAGCAUUACCCAGUAGCCACCGUGCUCCCGGGAUGCUAUGGAACAGAAGGCUUCCGGCCUCAACGCCCCAUCCUGAGCCCCGGAGUGGGGGUGGGGGGUGGGCCGGGGCAGCAACACACACCUGCGGUGACUGGCGCUGGGCCAGCCUCCAGCAACACCGAGAGAGGAACGACUGGAAUGGGGACUGGGAGCAACAGCAACAACACUGGACCCCUUCCUCCCCCCUUACCCCUCUUAUGCCUCUCUCCCCUCUCCCCCACCAGCACCAAGGCCCCCCUUCACAGGCCGUGGGGCCGCAAGGGCCCUUGCCGGCUCAGACUGGAGCCGUACCUGGGGGGACGGGCACGGUCGAACGCGCCAAAUCCAAAUCUACCAACCGGAUCAGCACGGUAG